AUGACGACUUUUCUAAAAUGUGUUCUAUUAUUUGCUAUUUUCGAAUUCAUAAACAGCUUCACCAUCAUCGGGAAUAGCUGGAUGUGCGAAAACGAGGAGCUGCGAAAGAUCGUCCUCGAGGCUAUCGAUACAGCGACGAAUCCGAAAGAUGAUUCGCUAAAUCUGGAGAUUGUGCGAACGAGCAUAGAGAAAAAGCUGAAAUCCAGAGCAGACGGCGAGUGGUUUAUUUCCGUAAGCCGUUUCACGCGUCUUCUCCGAGAUUCGACAUUGCCCACAGCGGACAUGCCAGAUUUCUGUGCCCUCGACGCAAAUUUUGUUGACAUCACGCUGUUUCGGAUCGAA